AUACAAGUUUACACUUAUUAUUUUGUUUGCUCGUUCUAUCUACCCAUAAUGUCAACUGAUAUGAAAACUGUUUUGGUCACCGGAGGCACCGGCUUCAUCGGGGCCCACAUCGCUAACACGCUUCUUACACGUGGAAUUCACGUGGUGCUCACCACGCGGUCGGUCAAGAAGGCCAAAGAAUUUGUUAAUGCCAGAACUCAAUACGCUGAUUUGAUCAAGGUCUUCCUAAUUGAAGAUUUCUGUGGCGGUGACGCUGAGGGUAAACCUAACCCUUUUAUCUUAGCUGCCAAAGGAGUGGAUGGAAUUAUCCAUGUUGCCAGUCCAUUAUCCUACGAGGUGAACAAUGUAGAGAAGGAGUUGAUCUUGCCUGCAAUUUAUGGGGUAAAGAUGAUCUUGGAAGCGGCAGCACAAACCCCUACCGUUAAAAGGUUGGUGCUCACCUCUUCGUUCGUCUCCGUAUUGGAUGUCUCCCGCGGUAGUGGACCCGGAUUCACAUACACAGGGGAGGACUGGAACCCGUUGAGCUACGAAGAAGCUGUCAGUGCCGACGCUGUCGUCGGGUACCGUGGCUCCAAGAAGUUUUCAGAGCUCGAGGCGUGGAACUUUGUGAAAACCCACUCCUCUGCCUUCGAUUUGGUCACUUUCUGUCCUCCAGUGACCUUUGGGCCGAUUGUCCACCCAAUCGAUAAUGUCAAACUGUUGAACCUCUCCAACGCUGUGCUCUGGGGGGUUGCUUCCGGGGACGACCCACUUCCACAAACCAGAGUUCCUCUCUGGAUUGACGUUCGUGACUUGGCCUUAGCUCAUGUCGAGGGGCUAAUACGUCCGGAAGCUGGAGGAAAGCGCUACAUCCCAUGCUCGCCAUACAAGUUUUCAUACGACUUGGCAGCCCAGAUCCUCAAGGAAAACGGGCUCGGAGAGUUUGUCACCGACAAUAUCAAUCAGGAGAAUCUCCAGCCUCAGGGCUACGAUGGUGACUAUGAGACGGUGGAGAGGGAUCUUGGGAUCAAAUUCCGUUCGUUUAAGGAAACGGUUCUCGAUUCUAUAAAGGAGUUCCGAACCUUACCACGUUAAUGGCGUGAAUCCCACGCAUGGGUAAUUCGAAUAGAUUCAUUCACAGCGCUAUCAAUUAUGUCUAUCAGGAUGAACUUUAUCCGUAUCAAGCUAGUAAUUCACUCGUUCAACAGUAAACCUGGACAUGAAUGCCAAGGUAGACGUAGCGAUAGAAAUGUGUUAUUGUACGUUUAGGACCUGGAAUCCAGGAUCACGAGAUCUUGCUAUUCUCCUCAAUAGCUAUCUGUGUCUGGAAUUAAUAUUUGAUCAUGAGCUCCCUUUCUACAACGGUCUAGCUAUUUUAUAUCGAUUGUUGACGUCUGUGGGAUGAGAUAAAUAUCUCUUCUGUUAGCUCCGCUGUGCUUUGGGCUCGCGGUGUAUAUUCUACUGAACUAGAUUACUUUAAGAU